AUGACAACGAGUAAGUAUGACUAUUGGAAAAGGAGAAAAGUGCCGUACAUUAAGCCUUUGCCGCUGUUCGGGAACUAUUACGACUACAUCAUGAUGAGGGAGCACGCUCCGGUCGUGACGCACAGGAUUUGCGAGCAGUUCCCGGGGGCAGAGCUAGUCGGCGCCUUCUACGGCACCCAGCCCUCCCUGAUACUGCGGGACCCGGGGCUGAUCAAAACGGUCCUCACAAAAGACUUCUACUACUUCAACAGCAGGGAGGUGGCGGACUACACGAAACGGGAGCCGUUGACGCAGAACAUGUUCUUCACGCACGGCGACAGGUGGAGGGUGAUACGGCAGAACCUGACGCCGCUGUUCACGUCGGCGAAAAUGAGGAACAUGUUCCAUCUGAUCGAGAAGUGCACUCGCCAGCUGGAGGAGAUGCUCGAAUACGAGACGGCGGAGUCGCCGGUGGCGGAGGCGCGCUCGCUCAUGGCGCGUUACACGAUGGACUGCAUCAGCUCCUGCGCAUUCGGCGUGGAAACGAACACAAUGAAGAAAACCGACGCGGUCAACCCCUUCUGCUUGAUCGGCGAACAGAUAUUCGAGAACUCCACGAACCGCGGCGUCAAGCUGUUCGCCAGGGCGAUGUGGCCCUCGCUGUUUUACGCGCUCCGCAACAAAGUGUUCCCCGACGAGAUAGUGCACUUCUUCAAGGGCCUACUGCUGAACGUGUUCGAGAGCCGGCAGCAAAAGCCGUCCAACAGGAACGACUUCGUCGAUCUCAUUCUGAACUUGAAGCGCAACCGGUACAUGGUGGGGGACAGCAUCAGGAACUUGAAGACCGGCGGGGAGGAGAGGGUUCGGCUGGAGCUCGACGACGACCUGAUGACCGGCCAGUGCGUCCUGUUCUUCGCCGCCGGCUACGAGACUUCGGCGACCACGCUGAGCUUCACCCUGUACCAGAUGGCGAUGAACCCGGCGGUGCAGGCGCGCGUCGUCGCCGAAAUCGACGGUUACCUACAAAAGCACGACGGGAAAGUUGCCUACGAGUGCGUGAAAGAGCUACCCUACGUAGAAGCGUGCGUGCGCGAAACGCUCCGGAUGUAUCCAGUGCUCGGUGUCAUCACCAGGGAACUGGUCGAGGACUACACGCUGCCGUCGGGAGUGCACCUGGAUAAAGGGUUGCGCGUGCACAUCCCGAUCUACCACCUCCACAAUUCAGCGGAGAACUUCCCGGAGCCCCAGGAAUACAGGCCGGAACGUUUCCUUGGCAACGAAAAGGAUAACAUAAAGCCUUUUACCUAUUUGCCCUUCGGGGAAGGGCCAAGGAUUUGUAUAGGGAUACGCUUCGCGUGGAUGCAGAUAAUGGCAGGGCUGGUGACGUUAUUCAGCAAGUACCGUGUGGAGGCAGCGAAAGAAACCCCCGUGGACAUCAAGUUCGACCCAACGGCCUUCGUCACGAAUCCAAUCGGAAAGCUGAGUCUGAACGUGAUAUAUCGAAUAAGUUCGGGCAAGUGUGAAAACGUCACGGGCACUCUCACGACCCCAGCCGUGCUCACGUCCGUCGGGCGUCCCCUAACUUGGCCGGACCUUGACACGGUGGGCCCGUCUGACCUCGGGCUGGGUACAGCGCCGUCCGACCGCGUAGCAAAACUUGGGAACGGCCGUGCCAUUCCCGAGGGGUGUACCAAGACAAACCAUUCGGGAAUACAGCGCACGUCCUUAUCGAUACGAGCAGCUAAUUUGUCGAUGUAUGAAUUCCAUUGCAUCUGUAAUGAGUGUACUCUUCAUCCGAGCCUCUCGCCUCGCUGGCCCUUGUUGGGACGCAUGCGCGAAGACACCCCAGCCUCCUACCACGAGUUGCGCCGAUUG